AUGACCGAGUUCUCCAAGCGCGAACAGCUCAAAUUGGAGGACUUUGUGCAGAAAGGCUACGAAUCGACGCACUACAACGGCACCUGGCUGAGCAACACUGAGCUGCUGUACCGAGAGCAGAAUGGCAGCAUCUCUAUCUACAACAUCGCCACCAAGCACCGGGAAAGUCUCAUUGACGGGGCGUUGGCGAGCCACUACGCCGCCGAGCGGUACUCCAUCUCCAGCGACCACCGCUACCUGCUGCUGGUGCACGACGUGAAAAAGGUGGGCCACCACAGCACCCUGGCCCGAUACACCGUUUUCGACACGAAGAUGGCCAUCUUCACACCGCUGGUCAGCAAGGGCGACGACAGUGAGCACCACCAGUAUGCCGCCUGGGUGCCCAAUCACGAGCUGAUUGUCGUCGUUCACAACAACAAUAUCUACCUCUACACACAACGGGGCGAACUGAAGCAUACGCUGACGGCCACCGGCAGCGACAACUUCCUCAACGGAGUGCCCGACAUGACCUACGAAGAGCACAUCUGGAAAUCGGCGCAGGGCCUGUGGAUGCACAGCUACGUGGGCGGAUGGGCCAUCCUCUACGCCUCCAUCGACAACAGCGGCGUAGACCGACUGCCGUACAUCGUCUACGGGCGGAAUGCCAAUGACACCUCCUCGGGUGGAAGCAGUGGAAACACCUCAUCCGGUGACGCCUCCCCCACCUCUCCCAUCACUGGAGAAGUGCCCACCGAUGACCGGCAAACGGAGACGGCCACCGGCUCUGCCGCCUUUUCCAGCGGCGCCUCCUCUUUCCCGAAGCUGUACACCUAUCCCUACCCGAAACCAGGGCGAACGCUGCCCCGACUGCGACUGCACGUCGCCAAGUUUAACGACCUCCACAAGAUCGUCUACAAGAACGUCGAGGUGCGCCCGGUGGACGGUCUGGUGGAUGGAAGUGCAGCCUCCCCGUUCUCCGACCUCAUCCUCUGCACGGAGCCCGUUUGGGUGUCCGAGUACGAGUUCAUCGCCACGUGGACACGCCGCCAGCAGGACGUGAUCAUCGUCAGUCGCUGUCGCGAGGACAAGAUGGAGUGGCGUUGUGAGCGACUCAACGAGCAGCGCCAAAUUCGAAAGUUGGGCUCGCUGGUGCUGCACUCGAGGCCGGUGGUGUCUCCGAGCGGUGACCGCCUCUUCCUGCGCCUGCCCGUCUCCGACGGGGCAGCCGGUACCUUCAGUCACAUUGCCAUGAUCUACAUGAAUCAUAACAACAACAACAACAACUAUAAUCGAAACAGCAAUGCUGAGCAGAAGCAGGUGCAGUACCUGACGCACGGUCAGUUUGUCGUCAGUGAGAUCUUCGCCUAUCGGGAGGACCUGCAGACGGUCUACUACGCCGCCACCAGCAUGGAGGAACCGGGGUUGAGACACAUCUACUCGCUGAAGCACCACAACAACUCAAACGAGCGGAAGAUCAUCAGCUGCAUUAGCUGCCGCGUAAACGAGAGCUGCCUUUUCAACAGCGCCCGCUUCGCCCCCGACGGCCGCCACUUUGUGCUGGAGUGCAUGGGGCCCGACUUUCCCACGCACUACCUCAUGGACACUGACACUGAGAUGGUGCUCGAGGUGCUGGACGACAGCGCGGCACUGCGCAGUUGGGCAGGCACUCGAAUGAUGCCCAAGAUUCGACACUACUCCAUUCUGACGCCGCACUCCUACUACAUUCGCCUGCAACUGAUCAUCCCGGCGGGAGUGAACGAACUGGACGACGCCAAGUACCCGCUGGUCAUCGAGACGAACCGCCUGCCCGGCUUGCAGUCAGUUAGUUACCAGAACAAACUGGACUGGUCGCGCUACCUGACCAGUCGGCGGGAGUACAUCACGGCGAGGGUGGACACUCGGGGCAGCGCCUACCAGGGCGACCGGCACCUGUACUCGGUGUACCAGAAGCUGGGAGAGCCCGAGUUGGAGGACCUGAAGGUGGCUCUGGCGUACAUCAAGCAGCUGCCCUAUGUGGAUGACUCGAAGAUUGCGGUCUGGGGCACGGAGUACGGCGGAUAUCUGGCAACGGCGAUGCUUGCCAGUGAGAACCAGGUCGCCUGUGCGGUGGCAGUUUCGCCUAUUACCAGCUGGAAGAACUACUUGUCCGUCUUCUCGGAGCGGUACAUGGGCAAGCCGGAGGAGAGCUUUCUGGAGUACAAGCAGACGGAGCUGAGCAAGUACGCCGUGGCACUGCGAGGCCGCAAUCUGCUGCUGGUGCACGGCACCACCGACCGGCGCGUCAACAUUCAGCACAGUAUGCAGCUGAUGAAGAGUCUGACCGCCAGUGGGGUCCAGUACCGGACACAGCUGUACCCGGACAGCGGUGCCCUGGAGACCUGGGACCAGCUGGUGCGACUGCACUUCUACCGGACAAUGGAGGACUUCUUCGCAAAGUGCUUCCAGGUGGAGGAGGAGGACGUCGAGGAUGACAUCCUUCCCAUCACCAAGGUCAUCAAGGGCAGGGUGAAGCAGUCACAGCAGCAGCAACAACAGCAACAGCAGCAGCAGCAGAACUCCAACAACUGA